AUGCAGAACAAUUCCCACAUAAACCACUCGAACAUCUACAAAAUUGAUGCGAGCAAGGUUCAUGAUGCCCGGCUUCCUCCGCUGACUGAUUCUUCUUCCGCAUCUCAGGAUCAGCAAGCCUUGACUGAUUCGUCCCAACAACCUCAGAGCCUCACCAUUCUGGAAGAGUUCGAGUUGUGGGUACGAAGUGGAGAAUGGAAGAAGUCCAUCUCUUUUGGAGACCUCGCCUCGGUCGGAAGUGAGGAAGUCCACAAGCUUGCACUGCCUAGCGAACAACACCCGAUCACCAAUACCUCCAACAACGCUAGCCUCACCAGUAACCCCUACGGUCAAGGUAAUAACUCUGGACACCUCCACAGUAACAAUUUCUAUCAGAGCCAGACUGUCAUGGCUCAUAGCAGCCACUUGCCCGAGCAGGGUAGCAAUGUCGACCAUCUCAACACCUUUGGCCAGGACAACAAUUUCGGUCAGGACAUCAGCUUUGGUCAGGACAACAACUUUGGACAGGACAACAGCUCUGUCCCCGUCAAUGACUUCCACGCUGAGAGCACAGCCCUCGCCCCAGCCCCCUUCACAGCACAGACGGACCUCCAUCACAAUAACAAUACCGCAACUUCUCAGAGUCUGCAUGCCGGCCCAGCCGAGGUCCAAGGACGGCAGUGCAGCGAGUGCAACUCGCAACCCGUCUAG